AUGGUGCGUAUUUUACAGUGCAACAUUAAUCAUUGCAGGAUUGCACAGGAUCUUCUUGCGCAAUACGUAUUGGAGAAUAAAAUUGGUGUUGCAGUUAUUUCAGAGCCGUAUAGAGUGGGCUUUACACUUGAUUGGAUAAGUAACACCAAUAAUAAUGUAGCGAUACACUGGAAUCCUAAUUACAUCCGGAGUUCCGGUGUUAAAAAAUAUGAAGGGGAGUAUAUACUUGCUGUCCAGUGGCAGGAGUUCUGCAUUAUAGCAUGUUAUUUUCCUCCCAACUGUAAUAACGACGACUAUAGUGAUUUCCUAGAGGAACUAGACCUUGCCCUAGAAGAAGUGGACAUCACUGCGAACAUAGUUUGCGGAGAUUUUAAUUCAAAAUCCAGAACAUGGGGUGCGAGAUCGACAGACAUCAGAGGUGAACGCUUAGAAAGAUGGAUGUCUAGCAAAGACUUUCGUCUCGUCAAUGAAGGAUCAUCACUGACUUGCGUGCGACCACAGGGCAGUUCUAUUGUCGAUCUUACCUGGGCGACGGCUACUGCAUCACGGAACAUCGAUAACUGGAAAAUCCUCGAGGAAGAGACAUACUCGGAUCAUAAAUAUAUUCACUUCACGUUUAAUGAAAAGAAAGUAUGUACUAGCCGUAAGGUUGCAACCAGAUGGAAAUCAUCCAAAAUGGAUGUAGAUAAAUUUCAAGAAUGCAUAGAGUGGAGUUGCAUUAAUGAAGAUAAGGAUCGAUAUAAUGAUCCAAGUACGGCAGCAUUAUGGCUACAAACUUCGCUGAUAGAGGCAUGUGACUAUUCUAUGCCUAAGGCUAAAAGAGUCAAUAGGAAAAGUACCUAUUGGUGGAACAGCACAAUAGCCGAAAAAAGAAAUACUUGCAAAAAAGCGAAGAGGAAAUUGCAGAGAGAAAGGAGAAGAAGCAAUAACGACGCUGACACGAUAGCCAGAGCGGAAGAAGAGUUUAAAGCCGCGAGGAAAGAGUUGAGGAAAGAAAUUAACAAGGUUAAAUAA